UGUCCCUUGUCAAUAUCCUAGACCCAUCGAUAUUAAAACAAAUGGAAACGACGAAGCAAAAAAGUUUAUUGUCAAGACAUACAGAAGAAGCAAAUCAAACACAAAAAUACAUUCGUUCCAAAAUCAAAAAAGUUAGUGGGAUGACAGGUUAUUCAAACCAAACACAGGCUGUAUAAGAGCAGAAGGAGAGCGUGUUUUAAUGGACAUAUGGGAUGUUUUAAACUGAUAGUCACAGUACAAAAGGAGCCAAACGGAUAAGAGAAAUGAUUUUUUAAAAAUCAAAGACAGAAAGAAAUAGACCGCCAGUUUUGAAAGAAGAAGCACUUGUCGCAAUUAACUUUAACGACGUAACAGACACAUAUGCCCGACCAGAAUGUAGACUCAAAGCAAUGCUAUGGCUUAUUUCAAAGCUUUAUACACAAAUAAGCUACACAAAAUUGCAUACUUUUAUAGUAUACAUAAUGUUGUUGCCUGCCUAUCUAUGUUUUAGGUCAUGAAAACCGAAUUGAAAAAAAGAUUGUCAUGAAUAGCCAGGUAGAGCAUAUAUCUUUAAGUACCCCGAAACAGCGCGUCCUCAAAGAGUUAAGGAAGAGAAAACGAAAAAUCUACAGGGUCAAACGAUAUUCCUUUUAAAGCGAUUGUCAGAUUAGGAACAUUGAGUACUGGAAUUCAACAUAGCUCUUGCAUUCUGUCCAUGAAUGUGUACAGAUUCCAGAAGAUGUGUAAGUCAGUCUUUAUAGUUACACAAGUAGCUUUGCAUACAUUCAUAGUCAUCAUGUCAAUAAGCUUGUCUGAACGAAUACAAAACUCAGUAUAUAAAACGUAUGGGUUAAUAUGCAAACUUUAUCACGCUAAUUGGGCCCAGACCCAACAAACACGCGUUAACAGUAUAAAAUGAUGUGUUCAAAGAAGCACGACUGUUAAGACUUGAAAAUAUGGAAGAACUUUAUGCAACACAUCGUACCCUUUAGGUGGAAAAGGAACUCCUAACUAAUUUGACCUUUAUGCAAUCAGACAACAAUAGGUAUCCCGCAGGCAUUAGGUGGUAGACAUAACUUGAACUCGUAUAACGCCAGUGUAACAUGUGUCUUUGAAACGGUAAUUAUCUCUUUAAGGGUCAUUUACACAAUGAAUAAACUAUGUGACAUUGUUAAAGCUUUUUUAAAAAUCUUUUACACCUCAUCUCAGAGUCUAAAAUUCUUUUGAAAUCUUCAACCAAGGUCUUGAUGCGAAACCGAUAUGAUUAAUUGCUGGCUCAAAAGACAUUAUCAUAUUCAUUUUUGACUUCAGAGUCAUUAUUUUUAUAAGAGAGAAAGCUAGUGGACUGAGAAGGCCUUUUCCUGAGAGUUUCAUGCUGUAUUCAUUUUUAGAUACCACAUGAUUCUAUGGUAGCAUUGGCAGAAUAGUUAAUGCAAUCUGCAGAGCCUGAAAUCAAGCCAGUAGGAGAAACGUUCAUCUUUCGCAAAGAUGUGAUAUUUUUAUUUUUGUUGACAAUUGUUACAUGACUUGCUAGUGCAGACUUGUUCAUUCAGAAGAUUCGUUUUGAGAAACAGUACUUCGCCUCGUGUCCUUUAGAUUCAAUAUGCCGCCGAAAGUGGGAAACGUCGAUGCUGCUUUUGAAACCCUAGGGCCGUUGCGACGCUACAACAUGGUCCAGUACUGUGUCCUUUGUUCUUCUGUCUGGUCGGCUGCCAUGAACAUGUUUAGCGUUGUCUUCACAGGACAGCAUAACCCGUUCAGGUGUCGUAGAACACCAUCCAUCUUUAAUGACAGCAAAUUCAAAGACCUAACCUACUGGAACAUAUCUGAAAGUGACACGAAAGAGAAGUUUGAUAGUACUUGCAACAUAAAUGUUUUUAAUGGCGGUAUUGGAAAUACUUCUUUGGCUUCUAACAGCUCUUUUACUGAAAAGUGCUCGGCGUUUGACGUGGAGUACCUCUACCCAAAAGACAUGUAUUUCGUGUCCGAGUUCCAUCUUGUGUGCGAGCGGAAAUACUUAAUUGGAAUAUCGCAACUUACACUGACUGCAGGUCAAGGGAUUGCGAUGCUUCUGUUCCCGUACUUCACAGACCGUUACGGACGCAGGCCAGUUUUGCUUUUGUGCUGUGCCCUAUUGUGUGCGUCCUCUCUGGGUUUGGCGUGCUCCGUGAAUUACGGAAUGUUUGUCGGCUUCAAAUUUCUGAUUGGAUUCUUUCUCCAGGGUAUGGAAGCAGCGACUAUAACUGCUAUGAUGGAAACUUUGGUGACUCGACACCGAGCCUUCCUCUUUGCUUUUAUAGGCUGUCUCAACUGGUCAUUCUCCUGUCUCCUGCUCACACCUGUAGCUUAUCUUUUACGAAACCAGUCGUGGAGGAUUCUGGAGUUCACAAUCGCAGCCUUUUCCGUGAAAAUUAUCCCUAUCUCUCUUCUUUUUGAUGAAACAUUACGCUGGCUGGCAGCUAAUGGGAAAGAUGAGCGGAUCAUGGAAGUGCUGAAAAGAGCUUCGAGAUGGAAUGGUGUUGACGUGAAACGAGUUAUAGAUGCGUUUUACACUUCAGACACGAAAGACAAUGAUUCAGACAAUAAGGGGGUGUUUGUCUUGAAUGUCAGUCACAGCAACACGGCUAAAUAUUCUAACGUACCUCUGCCAAACGGGAUCACGCCACGAAAGGACGCACCUUGCGAUCUGUUCAAGGAUCCAAUGUUGAGGAGACAUACUUUGUUCAGCGUAGUCGCCUGGUUCUUCAACAGUUUUACCUACUUUUCCUUGAUUCUCAUGUCUUCCACUCUACACGGAACCAUCUAUGCCAACUACUCUCUCAAUAUUGUUGCUGAGAUGCCGCAAGCAAUUUUUUGCUAUUUCUACCUAGACAAGAUAGGAAGACGUAGAGUUUUCGCUUUCUUUAGCAUUAUUGCAGGGGUGUCGUUGACCGUUGUUGCAACAAUGUGGGAGCUGGCACCGGACCAAAAGAUUGCGAUAACAGCUCUGAGCAUCAUUGGAAAAGUUGGCAUCACAGGCUCCUUCAACGUUAUAUAUCUAUACACCCCAGAACUGUUCCCAACCAACUUACGGAACAUGGGCUUGGGCUUGGCCUACUUAGGCGCACGGCUUGGUGGGAUGCUCUCCCCUUUCGCGGAGCUCCUCAUGGAGAAGAUUGUCUACGCCCCUGGCCUCGUCUUCGGCAUCAGCAGCCUCGCCAUGAGCGUGAUGCCCUUCUUCCUGCCAGAGACCACGAAGUACCAGCUGCCGCAGAGCCUGGCGGAGAUGAAGCUCUGGAAGCGUCCACAAGGUGGUGCUGCUCCACGGCGAUGUGUUCCUGGACAAACAGAUCAUCAAAAAACUGAGGACACUUUGAUGUAACAUGUAAUAUAUUGUUUAUGUACGUUUAGAAACAAAAAUUCGUCGAGCCCGGAAUACGAUAAAAGAUCAUCACGACUGUUCUUAUAUUUUGAUCCAUUGCCGUAUCAGAUUAGAAGCAAGCAAGAUAAUGUUCCUGUUACUGGUUUUUGGGUAUCCUGUCCCCGACAAGCCUAGGGCUGCAGUUCAACGAGCUACUAGUGAUUAGUUGGUAAGGAAAUACAAUUCCAAGAUCGAAUAAUAACAAGUGGUUGUGUAGUCAUGGUCCUCGAAAAAAAAGUGUUAGUGCCAGCCAAAAUUUUUAAAAAUAAUUUGUAGGGAAUUACAUGUAUUGCUAAUAUUUUGUUCUAAAAUGUCAUAUUUUUCCUACAAUUGAAGUCAGUUGGAAUAAGCUAUUUGGAAACUUUAAAAUUGCAAAAGCUGGAA